UGUGUGUUCCUCCCUCCUGCCUGGCUGCAUCUGACAGCGUCCCUCCCUCUUUUUCUCUCCUCCUCUUCAUUCCCUCAUUACGCUUCUCACCGGCGAAACACCGACUCUCUCUCGGUCCUUUUACCCGGGGAAUAAGCGCGCGGCGGCGGCGGCUGCAGCAGGAUCGACCCCCGCCGGUUCGCAACACCCAUGAUCCUCCCGUGGAUGCCUGUCUGACUGGAGGGUUGGUGUUACUUUACCAAGUGACCAAAGAACAGCCCUGAGUCAGAACUGACAUGCAGGACGUGGACCCGGACAGCAAGAUGGCCAAACAAAAUACCAAGAACCUGGAUGAGCGAAGGGAAGCCGACGACAUGUCUGACAAGACGUCGCCUAACAACAACGCCAAAUCUCCUCAGAAGGGCUCCAAAAGGUUGAAAACCUCCCCGUUCAAAGUGACUCUCCUGGACGUCACUGACUUUGAAGGAGAGAUCGAGAAACACUCCAAAGGACAAUCCUUGAUGGAUUUAGUGUGCGAGCACCUCAACCUGCUGGAGAAGGACUACUUCGGCCUCACCUUCGCCGACGCAGACACCCAGAAGAACUGGUUGGACCCCUCCAAGGAGAUCAAGAAGCAGAUGCGCAACUCUCCAUGGAACUUUGCCUUUGCUGUCAAGUUCUAUCCUCCUGACCCGUCCCAGCUUACAGAAGACAUCACCAGAUACUACCUGUGUCUGCAGCUGAGGGAUGACAUGCUGUCAGGCCGUCUGCCCUGCUCAUUCGUCACUCACGCCCUGCUGGGCUCUUACACCGUACAAGCCGAACUGGGCGACUAUGACCAGGAUGAGCACGCUGCCGAUUACGUCAGCGAUUUCCACUUUGCCCCCAAUCAGACUCGUGAGCUGGAGGAGAGAGUGAUGGAGCUCCAUCGAAACUACAAGGGAAUGACUCCGGCAGAGGCUGAAAUGAACUUUUUGGAGAACGCUAAGAAAUUGUCCAUGUAUGGCGUAGACCUUCAUCAUGCUAAGGACUCUGAAGGAAUUGAAAUAAUGCUUGGCGUCUGCGCCAAUGGCCUUUUGAUUUACCGUGAUAGGUUGAGGAUCAACCGCUUCGCUUGGCCGAAAAUACUCAAGAUUUCCUACAAGAGGAGCAACUUCUACAUCAAAAUACGACCGGGAGAGUAUGAGCAGUUUGAAAGCACGAUUGGAUUUAAGCUCCCCAACCACAGAGCCGCCAAGAGGCUUUGGAAGGUCUGCAUCGAGCAUCACACCUUUUUCAGAUUGGUGUCCCCAGAACCUCCCCCUAAAGGCUUCUUGGUGAUGGGUUCCAAGUUCCGGUACAGUGGAAGGACGCAAGCUCAAACCCGACAGGCUAGUGCCCUAAUAGAUCGUCCUGCUCCGCACUUUGAACGAUCCACCAGUAAGAGGUUCCUGAUGUCGAGAAGUUUGGAUGGAGCAGAGUUCUCUCGGCCUGUAUCGUCCAUGUGUGAGAACCACGACGGUCUCUCUCACCAUAGCAUCGGUGGCCAGCGGCGUCUCCGCAGCCCCUCUAUGGACGAGCAGGACACCGAACUGGAGCCCAGCAUGGAGCAGGAUGAAGAGGACAAGGAGCAGGAGACGGAGAACGAAGGGGAGAACGAUGGAAACGUCUCUCCAAGCAAGAAGAAGGAAAUCAUGGAGGAGACUGAGUCACCACAGGAGUUGGACCAGGAGGCCACUCCUCGGCACAAACAGGAGGUGCAGUUCCUGGAUAAGUCUCAGGAUGUGUUGCUGAAACACCAGGCCAGUAUCAACGAGCUGAAACGAGCCCUGAGGGAACCCAACAGCAAGCUGAUGAACCGUGAAAAGCGCCUGUCAGCAACCUCGCCGACCGGCACGCCGGAGAAGAAAGCUUUGGGGGGCCAAGCGGCAGGAAAGGAGCCUGCUAGUAGCCUCUCGGUUGAGGGUCUCAUCCAGAAGAGCUUGGUGACUUCCCCAGAGGGCUCUGAAGAGUGGGUAUUAAUUGAAAAACAAGAAGACCAUGACUGGAAGGCCAAAGACCAGAACAUCAUAGAUUCCUUGUGGGAGAAAAAAGAGAAAGAAAAAGACGUAGAUGUAGUCAAGAUGAUUCACAUGGAGGCAACAGGGUCCGAUAGGAAAGAAACCAAAGGCUAUAGUGAUGAAUUUCCAUCGACGCAACCUACCAGAGAGGCAGACGAAUUCUCUGAGCCUUGGCUGGCGAACAGAAGUCAUUUUGUUAAUCAAUUGUCUGAGAAUACUGACAAAUUUCAAAGUAUGCCAUCUGGCGGCUCAGAUCUCUCGCAGCAGAUGAAGCACCGCUCCAAGCCGAGAAAAAAGAGGCGACCGCAGAGCUUAAAUGUGGGAAACCCUGCGGAGCUCAGAAAAAGUGGCAGCGAUUCCACCGCGGAUGAAAACUCAGACUCGGAAAACAGCACAGAGAAACCUUGUAAAUCUGGAAAACCUUGUGAAUCAUCGGUCGGGGAGUUGAUGAAAGAGGAGCAGGAGUCGGGCAAGGAUCACACGUCCAGAGUCAGCAAAUAUGAGGAAAUAUCAGCAAUAAAAAUAUCUGAUGUCUGCGGUCAGAAUACCGAGGUUGACGACUGGAAAGUGAGUCAUGCGGGGUCUGCAGAAUUGGAAGCAGGUUCAGUGAAUGGGCCCGGAAGGUUAGAGAAGUCAAUAGGAAGUGGUAAAGCCGAGUGUGUGAUGAAGAUAAGAGGAAAGGGCCUCAUUGACAACAAGGAGCUGGCAGAGGUUAAGCUGCGACAGGUCAGGACUCAUGAGAGGAAGAUCAGUAGCUCUGGAGGAGAGGAUAUUGAGGGAUUCCUGGGCGAGAGAGGGCAGAGGACGUCACUCCAUCGGCUGUCAGGCAGCCACCAGUCAGAAAUCACACGCAUUGUCCCUCUGAAGCCGGAGCGAUCAAAGAGCAUCGCGUGCAAAGAGGAGAAGGAAAGGGAAAGAGCAGGACAGGACGAGCCAGUACGGGGCAUGAGAAGAGAGUACCGCUGGUCAGUGGGCUCCCCCGAUGGAUCGUCAGACGCAAACUGGACCGAAGUCUCCACAUUCCACCCGGGAGUGGAAAGCAGCACUAAGCAAGAUCAUCACGACAGCCACCCGUCUGCUUGGGGUGCUGUUGAGAGUCAGCAGUUUACUUCCAAGGCUACAGUACUUCCCAAAAUGGCGCCCCCUGCUCCACCCGUGAAGACUCAGAAGGCCAGGGAGUCUGGGCUCAUACUUCGGAACAGUCGGAAUGUGGGCAAGGAGAGGAGCCUCGAUGCAGCCAAGAAGAGACUCUCGGAGCCUGUCUCUGCUCCUUCAGUCUAUGAAGAGCCUUUCACAGACUUUAAGAAGGAGUUGAGUGAGAGGAGAGCUCAGCCCGGUGUCGCCUCUGAGGAAGAGCAAGAGCGUGACUCUGUUGCCUCCAUGAGAGAACCUCACCUCGGGAUUGAGCGAAAAUGCUCCAGCAUGACUGUGAGCUCCACGUCCAGCCUGGAAGCCGAGGUGGACUUCACCGUCAUCACUGACCUCCACCCCUGCAUGGACUUCCCCAAAGAGCCUGAAGUGGGCCGGGAGGACUUUGAGGAGACGUCCAGGUUCUACUCAUCUCGUCUGAUGGGCUCCCGAGAAAGAUACUCUGUCGAAGAGAAGCUUUCCAUGGAGCCUCCUGUGGCGAGGCGAGACCCCAGCGCUGUGGCCAUGGCCCAGAUGCUAAAGAGAGCUGACAGCAGGACAGAGGCUCGCGCCAACGGCUCAGAAGUGCACAGCAACAUCAUGAACGUCUCUCCUCAGAACUUCGGAGCGGUCAGUCCUCGGGAGGCUCCGGCUGCUAUCAAGGAGAACGGAUCUCCUAUAAAAGGCAGCACAUCAGGGAGAGAUUCAGUUGUCUCCCCGCUGACCAUCACGGCAGAGAGCGUCACGUCGGCCACCACGACGCAAGUCACCAAGACAGUUAAGGGAGGCUACUCAGAGACCCGAAUUGAGAAGCGGAUCAUAAUCACCGGCGACGAAGACGUGGACCAGCAUCAGGCUCUCGCCAUGGCGAUCCAGGAGGCCAAGCAACAGCACCCAGACAUGCUGGUGACAAAAGCUGUAGUCAUCAGGGAAACGGAGUCGCCCAGUGAGGAGCUGCAGCACCGAGCACAGUGCUGAUCAUUCACGGUGGCUCAGACCUGUGGGCCCCCUUUGGUGACCCCCCUCCUGCUGUACUGAAACUGACUAUAGGACCGCCCACUCCCACUGUGUACAUACGCACCCGCGAGCAGACUGUUCCACUGGCCUUGACCCCCGACCUCUCGUUCUUUUUUUGACGCUGGAGUGUUGACGCUUGAAUGUUGGGGGUCACUCAUCAGAAACUAAUGUGUCAUUUAAAAAGGACAGUGGAGACAAAGAGGAGACGAUUUGGGGGAGAAGGCUGCUUUCGGCUCAACGCUGCCACCUACUGAUCGUCGACGACUCUGCGCUUUUUACAUUUUUAUCUGUAGAGAACCUAAUUUAUGUCCAGUGUUUGCCUGUUAAUCCCAUCUGUAUAAAACCAGAGGAUGAUAAUCUGCAUGAGUCAUUUAAGAUAGGGCAUGAGAACACUGCACUGGAAGGCGAGCAGACACACGCUUCAGCCUAAAGAAGGUUCUGUUGGUUCCCGAUAUAGGAUUUCUUUUAAACUGUAUCUGCUGGUCACAGGGUUUGUACACAUGGUUAAUUUAAUUUGCUGAAAUUGAAACAGAGUGUAAGUUAUUUGUGUGAUUUUAAGAAAUCUAAGCCCCUUAUUUCCCCCCCGUGUUCACGAGUAGCAUAGUUUAUUUACUUCUACUAUCUAUCUUACUUCUACUUUUGGAGAUGUCCAUUUAUAAUCUGAAACACUUUGGGGAAGUCGGGAAACUGCUGCUAAGUGGGAACAGGGAUGUGUGUGGCUGAGACAAAGAUGAAAUUAUAUAAACAUGAUGUCUAUACGUAUAUGUUCACUUGAUGUUAGCCAAACAGUCACAACUGAAGACAUGAAUAUUUUAGGUUUACUCAAGAUUGAACUCAAACUGGGAAAUGACUGAGUAACUCUGUCAAACAAGAUCUUGUUUUUAAAGCUCUGCUUAGAUCGUUUUGACAAGUCCCCUCAACAGUUUUGUCAUAGUUUUCAGGGAGGAGGUUGAAGGGAAUUGAACCAAACAGGCUCCUACUUUUCCCUUAAAUCCCUCAGCCAUUGUAUUAUGACCACCUGACUAGAAACAUGUCAAUUCUGCAGUGAUCAGUAACAAUUGAAAGGGGCCAACAAAAAUGAAUCAAAUGUAUAUAAGGGCACGACAAAUCACAGUGCCAAAUCACUUUUUGAUAGUUUUAGAGGUAAGGAUGAGAUAGAGAGAGGUCAGGCAGUAAGACAAAAGAAAAGAAAAGAUAAGCUAUGAAACUGCUGAGCAACACACUGUGCAACAACAAACGUAGUCAAUAUAACCCGCCGACAAAGUCCCUGCGAAAGGAUUUAAGGGUCACAACAACGUUAAGUUUAGUGGAACUGGGUCAAAUGAAGGUUCAUCGAAUAACCAUUCAAAGAGCGUCAUCUAGUGGACUCUGAGUGUAGCGCAAGUACUGUACUUCAUAGAGCUAACUGUAUGUAUUUAGAUGCAAUAGAAUAGACUUGUUAAAACUGUACUCACAUGCAGUCAGACUUAAAUCGCUUUAAUAUCAUUUGGAGGUCGUGGCUAUGCGAGUACUGCCAGGGUGAGAAUAAAACAAGCGUGAAGUGGUCGUAGUCAGGCAGCAACAAGAUGGAGGUUAGGAUGUUGAGCUUCAACUGAAAUGUAAGAACUAGAUAUGAACCAGGCAAGGCAACAGCUCAACAGAGAAAAAUAGAGGGCAACUGUAAUAUUUUAAAUCUGGGAUUAAAAAAAUAAAGUAAUUGGAGAUGGAGCAAACUUUUGGGUUACAUCAGUGUCAAGCAGAAAUGAUCUUGGUCAAGCAGUGAGGUUUUGUGUGCACCGUCUCUCUUAAGUGACUCACAUUUGCCGGGGCCCUCCAAACUUCAACUGCCCUCUGGACUACGUCGGCUUUCCACUUCACGCCACUUGUGUGCUAGACUCACAUUCGCUGUCUUUCUGCUACGGAGAAGUGAGCAGUAAAUUUGGCAAUAAGCAGCUAAGAUUCUCAUGAAGCGCCCUUUAAUGGGAGAAACUGUGAACCAUCAUGCAACAGGAACAGGAAGUCGAAUCAGCUUUUUGUCUUCUUUGAUUAAUCCUACACUCACGUGUGUGUGUGUGUGUGUGCGUGUGUGAACUUCUAUACUUUUGCUACUGUUUAUUUAAACUGGUCGUACGACACUGGACUGUUGCUGAUGCUGGAAACUCACGUGUAGGAUACAGAAGCAUCAGGACAAAUGUGUAUCAUACAGUGAAUAAAACACGUAGAAGGCUUCUAUUUAUAUCUAAAUAUCCAUCAUUCUGUGUGCCAUUCUGUGUGAAAACUUGACUUAGACGUUGAAAGAAGUGACGGCAGAAGAUUGAAGAUGAUCGGGUGCCUUAUGAUCACUGCCUGUGCGUCUGAUCUGAAGGCGGACGGUCAUGAAAACACGAAUAAAAGCGGUUUGUAAUAGGCCAUUCAAUAACCACCGUGGCUCUGACCUUCAUUCCCUCGCUGCCUUUCAGCCCCGCGAUUCCCCCUGGUAACUUGGUGGUGUGUUUUUGCUGUAUUUUUUUUCCAGACAAAAUGGAAAACAUUACAUAACUGCAUAAAUAAAUGUCUUGAUAUGAUUCAAACGCUGUCUCUGAGUCAACAAAAAGAAUGUUUUCACUUAAAUAAGCAGUUUCUGUUUGUGUGGCUUGAAUUAUUUCAAAUAUACCUGAUUCACUAUAUAUAUAUAUAUAAUAAAGGGCUUUUCAAUAAUAAUGGCG